CCCAGAGGAGUAGAUUCGGCUCAAUUUGGCCCUGAUGUACAACCACAUGGUCUCCGAGGCCAAGACGUCGGAGCUCUUCAUGGACUUCCCUUUCAAAACAGGGGAGUACGAGGAAUGUCCCGGGUCGAUUAAGUGGGCGCCGCACAACUCGCUCGACACCUGGCUCGGGUCGCCGGAGAUCGACGGGAGGGAAGACAUGGGCGCCUUCUACGCGACAGUGAGAGAUCCAAUCUUCUACGCCCACCACUCCAACGUUGACCGCUUCUGGGGAUUGUGGAGCGCGACCCACAAGGAUUUUGACGUCAACAGGAAGAAGGGCUGUUUCUUCUCUGUUUCCGUCUCUCUGUUGCCGGGGGUAUGAGAAGCGGCAACGACGGCGGAUAUUGGUAUUGGGGAUUAGAAGAACUUAGGGGUUUUUAUUUAUUUUAAAUAAAAGUGAUCAUGAGGUGGAAAUGAGAUGACAAUUUUAAAGAUUUAAUUUUAAUAAUAUUAUUAUUUUUAAAUUGCCACGUCACACAUUUAACGGUUAACUUUUAGAGUUGUCCGCCACGUAAGCAAAAGUUAACGGAGUUGGACGGAGAGUGACCAAACGUGAACGAUUUUAGUAAAUUUAAAUAUCACCAAUAAAUUUAAAUAUUUCAA